UCUUCUUCUUCUUCUUCUUUCCGUGGUCUGCACUUUGCCUCUGGCACGUUCUCCCCUUUGCUUGCCACAAUAUCUCUCCUUUUCUUUUCACCUAACGAAUACAGAUGCUGCCUUUUCAAAGCUGCUAUGGGUUCGUUCGUCAUGAUCCAAGCCUGGUCAACGUAAUGGACUUGGACGCCGGAGAAUCGAUCCUCAGCUCCUCGUCGAGAUCGCAAAAGAAAUCAACAGAUGCAUGCAAGAGCCAUAAGGAAGCUGAGAGGAGACGCAGACAGCGUAUCAACGCCCACCUCUCUACUCUCCGUACUCUCCUGCCCAGCACCACUAAGACAGACAAGGCCUCGUUGCUAGCGGAGGUGGUGCAUCACGUGAAGGAGCUAAGAAGGCAAGCCGCUCACUUGGCGCGUCAUCAGGAUAGCGACAGUUGCUGUAGCAUCAGCAGCAGCGGAGGAGGAGCAGAGCCUGAGCAGAACUGUGCGUUUCCUGGAGAAUCAGAUGAGGCGACUUUGAGUUAUUGUGAUGGUGACGCGAAGACGAUAAGGUUGAGCAUUUGUUGUGAGGACAGACCUGGGUUGAACCGGGAUUUAUCUCAGGCGAUCCGGUUGGUUCGAGCCAGGGCGGUCCGAGCUGAGAUGAUGACGGUUGGAGGACGGACUAAAAGUGUGGUAGUGCUGCAAUGGGCUAAUGGCGGUGGUGGAGAUGAGGAGGUGGGAAUUCUGAGAAGAGCAUUGAAGGCCGUUGUGGAAAAUCGGGUCUCGGGUUCUGGACUGGGCCAUGUGGUCCAUGGGAAUAAACGGGUUCGAGGUUAUGGUUGGGUUAACGGUGAUGAUCAGUUUUGAAUGAAAAGUGACGAAUUGAUCUGAAAAAUUUUGUAUAUUUUAAUAUUUGUUUAGUGGGAGUUGGUCAUAGUUGGUCCACCAAAUGUUAUAGUAGCAAAACUCUUCAAUUUCCUAUCCAUGCCACCUCAUUCCAAGAAACGAAAUUUCCAUACAAAAGCGAAAUGGAAUGGAAUAAAGUCCGAUUUCCUUUUAAUUUAA